CUGUCGACCCCCAAGAAAGAGUAUUAAAUACAAAAUGAAGUGGUCGGAACAGCUCGGCGCUAAGCUCCAGACAAAGGACGGUCUCCAGGACACGGACAACAAGCUGGCCGGCAAGAAGGUGGUGGGUUUCUACUUCAGUGCGCACUGGUGCCCCCCGUGCCGCCAGUUCACGCCCUUCCUGAGCGCUGUGUAUGACGACAUGAUCGAGCAGCACCCGGAGUUCGAGCUCAUCUUCAUCUCGUCCGACCGCGAUCCGUCGCAGUAUGCCGAGUAUUACAACGAGAUGCCCUUCCUGGCUUUGCCCUUCGACGAACGCGCGGCCAACCAGGCCAUAAGCACCAAGUAUGGCGUCACGGGUAUCCCCAUGCUGGUCUUCGUGAACGCAGAAGGCGAGACCAUCUCCCUGGACGGCCGCACCGUCGUCGCCAACUCGCGCGGUGACGUGGAGAAGCUCUGGGAGGAACUGAACAAGUAAACAUGGCCGUCAGCCUGGGUCAGAAAUCUGGCUUAUUGACGCUGAUAGCAUUAACUUCUUCAUUUUCUGAGCCUUUGAGAAAAAUACGAUCUUUCCCUUUGCUAUGAUUUAC